GUCAACUGUCAAAUAAAUCAAUACCUACGAAAAUAGGGAGUUGUGUUUUUAUACAUUUUAAUGAAUUAAUAGAGUUAAAGAGAUGCAAGACUUCACCAGUAUAUUGAACAUUAUAUUUAUAAUAAGUGGUGGUGUUUUAACAUUCGUAAUAUUGUUUAUAUUUGCUAAAAGACAAAUAACAAGAUUUGCUGUGCGAUCGCGAAGAGGUCCCCACGUCCCAAUAGGCACAGACGCCAAAAAAUGCCUGAAGAAAGAGAUAGAGCGGAGGAUUGAGGCGGUGCCACGCAUCAUGUACGAACCACGGCUGCUUAGCACGGAGCCCUCACACUAUAUCCUGGAGCCCCAGCAACCGUACCAUUACAGGUUCAAGGCUGUGGAUGAUGUCAAGACUUUAGAAGAGGAGAUAGCCUGUCAAGACCCUGGGCUGAGGCGUCAUCCGCGCGAGUCACUCCGUGCAUUUCUGCUCUCGUCCCUGGCAGCACCUCUCGACGGCAGAGGACAGAAGCUGGUCCACCAGUUCUGCGACACAUACGAGUUUGCUCGUCACCAUCCUGGAGAGUUUGGGGAAGAUGAAUACCAGGCGUACAGCCGACUGCUGCUCAAAUUGUUGGAUGCCGGGCGGCUGUUAAAGAGCGUGGGGGGAUGCGGGCGCGUGACCCCGCGCACCCUCGCGCCGCCGCCGCCCCCCGCCGCGCCCGUGCGCCGCCGCCCCGCCGCGCUGGCAGCCCUGCCCGCCAAGCUGCCCGCGGCACUACACAACCACUACACCGCGCUAGAGAACAUGCCCGCAGAGUCAAAAUCCGAGGAGGAGGUGAUACGCGUGCCCGUCCGAGCCGUCCGAGACGAGACAGCCGUCUGAAACGCGCCAUCGCUGCGUUUGAACAGCGAUGAACCCACCCAUGGUCAAUGUACUGACCAUACUGUUGAAAAUUUAAAAAAAUAUAGCCCCAAAUAUCAAUCUUUAUAGUCUGAAAUUAGUCACGAAUGUUAUAGUCUGACUCAAGAAGCUUAGUCUCAAUGGAGGCCACUAUCUCAACACCUCUGAAAAUAUCACUUUAUGUGACCUCCAUUGUUUACCAUAUAGUCUUAAAUAUGUAUAGUGGACUACCAGUGUCAAUAAAAAUACUGUUUUAGGAUUUGACGAGAUCCACAUUUUGACUUGACUGGAAGUAUCGAAGAUCAAGAAGAGACUAAUUUUGAUUGAUUGACUUGAUUUUUAAGAUUGUAUUGGUGUCAGUUGUAGCAAAUGUGAUUGAAUGAAGUAUAGGACGUUGGUAUAUUGAUGAACAUUACUAGAAAUAGGAUAUAGAAAUGAAUGUUUGUGGUAUAUUUGCAAAACAACAUGCAAUGGACCUUUAUUGAUUGAUUUUGAAUAUGUAACGAAUUACAUAUUCAAAGGUUUUGUAUAGUCACCCACAGAAGUAACUAAAAAAUACAAAAAUUCAAAUUGCCAUUACAUUUUUGUCCUCGCAUCAACAAUCGUUUUUCUACACUAAAAUAAACUACAAAGGCUUUACUUUUUAUUAGAUAAAUAAAAUUAAUAUUUGCCUUUUAAAUAAUAAUUAAUAUUUUGCUUUGUAAAGUUUUGAAUUUGUCCGGCUACAUUUGUUUUUAACUAUAUAUUGAAAAUAUUCCUCGUGGUAUCCCCAGGUAUCAAUCAAGUUGAAGUCCACAGGAGCGACUAGUGUGAUGAGUGGUGAUGAACUUUGGUCAUAGAAGGGUCAGAUUGGCUUCUUUCUCUGACAUUGAUAUGUGCAAAUAAGGUAAAUGCUAUAGAUGUUGGUAAUUAAGUGUGUCUAUUCAGGUAGUAAUACCUAAAUCUUGCCUAAAGAUUAGAAAUCGUAUAGUUAAAAUAAAACAAUUUGCGGGUUUUAGUGAUGUGUUUAGAAUUCUUUGCAGCUUUCGUGGUCCCCGAGCGAACUCAUUUCUGGUCUCGGUCUCAUAUUUGUAAUCUCGGGCCCCCCUCUCGACCACGAAGGCUGUAAAGUAUUUGUAACGUCCGCAGAAAAUUAUAAUAUAAAACCGCGAUUAAAUCCACAAAAUAGUUUUAUUUAACUGUCUAAUAUUCGAGUAGACAUAAGAAAUCAUUAGACUAAGUCGUAUAAUUCAAAAUGUAAACUGCAAAUUAUCUGUAUUAUUAAAUACAUAUUCAUUAGAUGUUGUACAUAUGUAAAUUAUUUAUUAUGUAAAAAUUGGCUUUACUAUCGUUGUAAAUGUUUAGGAGUAAAUGUGUAAUGAAAUGGAAAAUUCUUUGAUUACGACAAAAUCAUCCUAAACUUGUACAAGUUACAUCCGAUAAAUCAUUACGAUUUGUAUUGAACAGUAAAGAUCGUACCGAUAAAUCGUAGUGUUUUAU